AUGUGCCUGGAACAGGAUUCUCAUGAAACCAAACUGAAAAGAGACAGAAUCACCAAAUCAAGUACAGGCCUCAAAACUGACAAAACAGAGCAAAUCUUCUUAGCUGGCGCGGGCCAGCUGCAGGGGUCUGACUGCCGUGUGCGCUGUGCCUGCCGCAUUCACAGCAACACGGUUUCAAAUCUCUUCCCUCCAGGUAAAACCUCCCUGGCUCAUCAGUUCAUCGACGGGGAAUUCCUGGAGUGCUAUGACCCUACAGUGGAAAGCACCUACAACAAAAUGCUGAUGGUGGGAAAGGAUGAAUUUCACCUCCAGCUGGUGGAUACUGCAGGGCAGGACGAGUACACCAUCCUGCCCCAUUCCUUCAGCAUCGGCAUCCACGGCUACGUGCUGGUCUAUUCCGUCACCUCGCUCCGAAGCUUCCAGGUGGUUAAGACCCUUCACAACAGGCUGUACGAAAGCAGAGGGAAAACCAGGAUGCCGGUGGUGCUGGUUGGGAACAAGGCUGAUCUCUCCAUGGAGAGCCGUGAGGUGAACACAGACGAGGGCAAGAAGCUGGCAGAUUCCUGGGGGGCCAUCUUCCUGGAGUCGUCGGCCAAAGAGAACCAGAUGACCCGGGGAAUCUUUACCAAGAUCAUUGAGGAGAUCGACCGGGUGGAUAACUCCUACGGGGCCGAGCGCAGCUGCUGCCUCAUGUGAGCCUCUCGCUGCGUCGUCAGAGGGGGCACCAGGAGCGAGGACCGUGGCUGCUCCCCUCCUCUGCCUGGAAGUCUCCUUGCCAGUGGAAUCCAGGGCUAGACACGGUCAGAGCUGCCUGGCCCGGCGAUGUUACGGGUAACCCGCAAACACACUGUACCUCACUGCCUGGCCUAUGCUGUCGGGGGGCAGGGCCUGCGUUUGCACAUCCCCGGCUCGAAAGCAAUCUGUUUCUGGUGAAGCACGUGUAUAGAGGGGGCGCGUCCGGUGGAAUGUAUUUAUGUUUUUUGGGCAGGGGGCGGGGGAGGGGGCUUUGGAUAUUUAUAGCCGAUAUCUAAGCCUGCACGCACAUGUUUACAGUAGUCUCUGCCCCGGCCCCCACCAUGGGCUCAGUUCCCCUUGGCUGGGUCUCCUGGGCAGAACGGGACUCCGUUUAUUUCUAAUGCUGCUAGAACCGGAAUCAGUUUUCCAGUCAUCCUUCCAAGACCUGGUCCAGUCUCAAUUCGGGCACGGCCAGCACAGCUGACCGCAGAUCUGGCCAGGGAUCUGCCCACCUGCCUCACCAUCUAUUGCCUUAGUUCUCCCUAAAACCAAGAAACUGUUGAGGCUUUCAGUCCGUAAGGGGGAUCAGAAUGUGGCGUCUUUCCUGAUGUCAGAGUCUCUUCACCAAGCCCUGUUGAAAGGGCAGCACUGGUGGGAGCUGGGGGUGGUGUGACUGGAGGGAUUAAAGUUUGUUUUUUGUAUGCAAAAAAGAAUGUUCUGGAAUCAUUGUGCUCAGGCUCUGAGAGAAAUUGGGGGAUGGGGGAGGAUAGUGGGGCAUGGCGAGCGUC